AUGUACCUGCUGCUCUGCAUGCUGGCAGUCACAGACAUCACCAUCUCUACCACUGUUGUGCCAAAGGCCCUGGGUAUAUUUUGGUUCAAUUUGAAAGGCAUCACAGUCAGUGGCUGCCUCACCCAAAUUACCUUCCUCAGCACGGCUUUUGCAAUGCACUCAGCUGUGCUUGUGGCCAUGAGCUUUGAUCGCUAUGUGGCCAUAUGUAGCCCUUUGAGAUAUGUUACCAUCCUCACCCACACACGGAUAGCUACGAUAGGACUGGUCAGUUUAAUAAGAGGGAUUCUCUUUGUGCUGCCCUUGCCCCUGAUGCUCAGCCAACUGACGUUCUGUGGCAAACAUAUCAUCCCUCAUACAAUCUGUGAGGGUAUUGCUGUGGCAAAAAUUUUAUGUGGGGACCUCGCAUUCUUCAGGCUCUAUGGCUUGGUGAUGACACUUACUCUUGCUGCAUUAGACCUGACGCUCAUCGCCCUGUCCUACUGUCUGAUCAUCAGGGCUGUUCUAAGAAUCUCCUCCCAGAAAGCCCACCAGAAAGCCCUCAACACGUGCACUGCCCACAUCGGUGUGAUGCUGACCUCUUAUACUCCCUUCCUUUUCUCCAUUGUGACAAAUCGGUUUGGUGAGAUCAUUCCUCCUCACGUUCAAAUCUUCUUGGCCAACAUCUAUGUCCUGGUCCCCACCAUGCUCAACCCAAUUGUUUACGGAGUCAAAACCAAAGAGCUUCGUGUCAAAAUGAUGAAAAACAUCCGAGUUGAAAGUAACGCUCUUAAUUCGAAUUAG